UGUAAGCAUCUUUCUGAAACAUGGUAAUGUGUAUGUGAGAGAAGUCAGAGUUUUUUUUUUUUUCCAUGACUACCGCCACAAUCAGGCAAAUAUUGACCGGUAGAAUACAAUUCUGUACAAAUGCAUUGAUAUUGUACCAGACAUUUUGUGUAAAUAUGCAGACGUGAUCCUGUUAACAAACACUAGCUGUUGACAAAUCACUGUCCACAGCGGUGAGGUUGUAUGCCUGAGGUCUGACACGUUGCUAUGGUGGAGCUGAUUAAACAUACAGCCUGUGAUGCUGGCAAAUGACAGGUAAUCAUUCCUCAGAAAGAAACUGACUGUUGACCAUGUGUCUGCUGUGCACACUUGAAAUGCUUAAGAGAGGAGAGCAUCCCUGACCUAGAUGUGAGGGCGAGUAUAACUUCUUUAUUUACCCAUUUGAGAUGAGGUACGAGUGAUUGUUAUUUGGUCUUUAAGCUAUGCAGAUGCUAAAACUUGUUUGUUGUAUUACUUUUUUUACAAGACUAUCUGGCAGGCAGAUCAGAGGGCAAUUUGUGUAAUGGAUAUCUCGUGCAACGUGACUUUACUAGAGACUCAGACGGGGCUAAACUCCACCAUCUACCACCAGAUUAAGAUGGUCAGCAUGUGUGUGAGCUGCACCGUGAACACUGCACUCUGUGUUCCUCUGCUCCUGGUCCUCAAACGCUCCCCAUCUCUCCUCGGACACACUCGCUUCCUGCUCCUCGCACACCUCCUCUUGUGUGAAAACCUCCAGCAGCUCCUCUGGACAAUCAAAGCCAUUCUCUUAAGAUCUAGGGAAGGUAUGCCUGUGACCCAGUGUCUGAUCUUCUGUUCUGCUAUCCAGGCCUGCUCUUUGGUGAACCUCUUCCUGACCACAGCUCUGUCUGUGGACCGCUUUGUCGCUGUCAAGUGGCCCCUGCGCUAUGAAUUCUUGAUGUGUCCUCAAAGGAAGAAAGCAACGCUUGCAGCCAUAUGGACCCUAUCGGCUGUGCUCAGCAGCGUGGCUUUGGCCAUCAGCCUCCAUUCAGUCCAGAUCAAUUUCACCUUUUCCCGCUGUCGUCCUCUCAUCCUUACACCCUGCCUGUCGGGGACAUCGGCUCUGGUACUUUAUGGCACGGUGGCGACUGCUGUUGUGGUGCCUCUCUGCUCGCUGACCAUCCUGGGAUGCUUCUGUCUGCUUUGCUGGGACAUGCGUGCAGGACCACUAUGCACCAAGAGAGGCUGUGUGACCCUGACUCUCCAGGUAGCUCAAGUUGUCCUCUUUUCAGUUCCCAUGGUCAUGAACAGCUACCUGAUUCCUGGCUACCUGCACAGUGACGUUCUGGAUAUAGCAGCCACCAUCAUCUACAACCUUGGGGUGUCACUUAUCCCUCUUGUUUAUGGCUAUCGCUCACGGGAGCUGCAGCAAAGGAUACGACAGGCUGCACUCUGGAGCAAAGUCCACAACCUAAAUGUGUCAUAAUAAACAUUUGUUUACAGA